GUAUCGGGACUGUGUUCACUCUGAUGAUGGCGGGUCUCGUUUGGCUACAUGGCUUUUUGAUGCAACAACGUUUAGACCCCAUUAUGAUUGAGCUCAAAGGGUUGAAUAGUAAGCUUGAUAAUAUUGAGUGUCGAAUCGAUAAUAUUGAGCGUCGAAUCGAUAAUAUGGAGGGUCUAUUCAAGAAAGAAAUAGCUCUUUUAGAAAGAAAGUUCGACUUGUUGGAAAAAAAGAUCACCUUGUUGGAAGGAAAGAUCGACUUGCUGGAAAGAAAGAUCGACUUUGGAGGAAAGAACGGAUGA